AUGGGCUGGAGGCGGCCUUUCAGCGAACGGCAAUCGGAGGCCAAUGCUGUGAACCAAGAUCAUGAUGAGCAUACACCGGCUGCUGGGGGUCAAUUUAUCAGUGGAAAGGGUGGAAACGAUGCGCCGCCGACAUAUCAAGAUGCCUCAGGAGCGCCGGUCGAGAGUAAUUCACCAUUGGGAUACUCGGUCGGGCCUGUUACAAUCACCUUGCUGAACAUCACAAUGAUGAUUGGUGCCGGUAUCUAUUCUACACCAUCGUCUAUCCUGUCUGGCACUGGGUCAGUCGGCGUUAGUUUUGUCUACUGGACUCUUGGCUACUUGAUCUGUCUCACUUCUGGAGCUGUCUAUCUAGAGUUCACUGCAUACUUUCCCAGUCGAUCUGGGUCAGAGGUCGUCUUUCUCGAGCAAGCAUACCCUAGCCCUAAAUGGCUAUUCCCAACUACCUUCGCGGUACAAAGCGUCAUUCUGUCUUUUGGAAGUGCGAAUGCUACUGGUGAGGCAACUUUCUUCUGCGACUUUGAUUCGCCCACUGACAAACCUCGAUUCACAGUGAUGGCCAAAUAUCUGAUCGCCAUUUCGGGCCAUGCGGGCACUGACUGGCAAAUUAAGGGCACAGCUCUGGCAUGUUACAGCGCAGCUACAUUGGCAUUGGUAUUCAACACAAAAUACGCGUAUUGGUUUUCAAAUGCAGUUGGGCUGGUCAAGAUUGGUACACUUCUUUUUGUUAUUGUGACGGGUUUUGUUGUCUUGGGGGGCAACACCAAAGUCGAAAACCCAACCCUCAACUUCCAAGAUGCAUGGUCAGGAAGCUCCACAGCCUCUGCAUACGGUUUUACAACCGCCUUGUAUCGAAUCAUCUUUUCAUACGGUGGCUACAACAACGCGUUUAACGUUGCCAACGAAGUCAAGAAUCCGGUCAGGUCAUUGAAGAUUUAUGCCACAGUUGCUCUCACUGUCGUUUAUGUGCUAUACAUGUUUGCGAAUGUGGCAUUUUUCGCUGCUAUUCCCCAAGAAGAGAUCAAGGAAUCCGACCUGACCACCGCCGGUUUGUUUUUCGAGAAGGUCUUUGGCAACAGUGGCGCAAUCCGCGGUCUCAACUUCCUCAUCGCGCUGGCUUCAUUCGGUAACAUGAUCUCCGUGAUCAUCGGGCUAUCGCGUGGUAUCAGAGAAUGCGGUCGACAAGGAGUUCUACCGUGGACGCGAUUCUGGGUCUCCACCAAGCCUUUUGGCACUCCGUUGGGGCCAUACGGUGUCAUUUGGGGUAUAACCAUGCUGAUGAUUCUUGCCAUCCCUGCCGGCGACGCCUUCACUUUCGUCAAUGAUCUCAAGAUCAUUCCUUCGGCAAUCUUCAACCUCGCGAUGGGUAUAGGCCUUUACAUCGUCCGCUGGCGUCGCAAGCAGGCUAAUCUCCCUGAGCCUGAGUUCAAGGCUUGGCAUAUCGUGAUUCUGUUCAACAUUCUAGUCCAGCUUUACCUCCUGGUCAUGCCCUGGUAUCCACCUGCCGGCGGCCAAUAUGCGGGCGAUGUCAGCUUUUGGUAUGCAGCUUCCGCUGUGACAGGAAUCGGAAUUCUGAUUGCUUGUGGUAUUUAUUACUGGCUUUGGGCUUUCAUCAUCCCCAAAUACAGGGGCUACAAGCUGCGACAGGAGCUUGUCGACUUGGGCGGUGGUGUUCAAAGCAAUAAGUUGAGGAAGAUUCCUGUUGCCGAAUUGGAAGAAUGGGAUGCGACUCACGACAAAGCUGGUGGCAGAAUCGAUGGGGUGGCUGAAGAGAUUCAGGUCCAGACCAAGUCCAGCGAGACUUAUUUCGAUAGAUUCGAGAGGAAGAAGGACACCAACACGGUCUUAGAUGCUUCGGUCUAG